UGAGUUGAGUUGAAUGCCUCUUUGGGAGGGGCGGGAUCUAAUGGUUGUAGGCUCUCGGCGUGCGUGGGCCGUCCUGCGAUUCACUGACAUUCGCCGGGCGGAUUGUUGCGGAGGAAAAAAGAAGAAAGUUACUCUGACUUCUUGGACAUACUGCCAACAUGUCUGGGGAUGAAGAGAAACAGGAGCAGACCGUCGCCGAUGACUUGGUGGUUACCAAGUACAAGAUGGGGGCCGAGAUUGCCAACCAGGCCCUAAAGAUGGUGGUUGAAGCAGGUAUGGCCGGCGUCUCGGUGCUCAGCCUGUGUGAAAAAGGAGACGCCUUCAUCAUGACAGAAACUGGGAAAAUCUUCAAGAAGGAGAAAGAGAUGAAAAAAGGUAUCGCCUUUCCGACGUGUGUGUCGGUUAAUAACUGCGUGUGCCAUCACUCCCCGCUUAAGAGUGACCCCGAUGUCAUGCUCAAGGACGGGGACCUCGUUAAAGUUGACCUUGGCGUGCAUGUGGAUGGCUUUAUCUCCAACGUGGCUCACAGCUUUGUUGUUGGUGUGACCAAGGAAAAGCCCCUGACAGGCCGCAAGGCUGACGUGAUAAUCGCAGCUCAUCUGUGCGUGGAGGCUGCCCUGCGUCUUGUCAAGCCCGGAAACCAGAACACACAGGUCACAGAGGCGUGGAACAAGAUCGCAAAGUCUUUCAAGUGCUCGCCAGUUGAAGGUCUGCUGUCACAUCAGCUCAAACAGCACGUCAUCGAUGGAGAGAAAACUAUCAUCCAAAACCCAACGGACCAGCAAAGAGGUGACAAAUCAAUGAACUGCAGUGCCGAUUUUCGAUACCACACCAAUGCAGAUGGAGGUCUUUGUCCUCGACCUUGUAAGUGUGCUUCCCCCACCCACCCGCUAGUGGACGACUUUGUGUGUACUUGUAGGAAGGACCAUGAGAAGGCUGAGUUUGAGGUGCACGAAGUGUAUGCAGUGGAUGUGCUCAUCAGUACAGGAGAGGGGAAGACAAAGGAUGGCGUUCUGAGGACCACUGUUUACAAACGAGACCCCAACAAGGUGUACGGGUUAAAGAUGAAGACCUCUCGGACGUUUUUCAGUGAGAUGGAGAGACGGUUCGAUAAAAUGGCUUUCACUCUGAGAGCAUUUGACGAUGAGGGGAAGGCCAGGCUGGGCGUGGUGGAGUGUGCCAAGCAUGAGCUGCUGCAGCCGUUCAAUAUUCUCCAGGAGAAGGAGGGUGAGUUUGUAGCUCAGUUCAAGUUCACUGUGCUGCUCAUGGCCAACGGACCACUGCGAAUCACAAACAGCCUCUAUGAACCCGAACUGUAUAAGUCGGCGCACGAGGUGGAGGACACUGAGUUGAAGGCUUUGCUUCAAAGCUCAGCCAGUCGAAAGGCACAGAAGAAAAAGAAAAAGAAGGCCUCAAAGACUGCGGAGAGCGCAACAGGACAGUCAAUGGAGACGGAAGCUGCAGAAUAAAUUUCCCAUUGAACAAUUAGUGACGCGCCGCAAGAACAGACGUCAUAUUCGCUUCUGUCGCAGCUGUCGGAGGCACUUGUGGCAAAGCAACACCUGUGAAAUCAAAACAGAUGUCAGUCUGGGAUAAGGCUGCUUCUAAAUUCUUUCACCUUAAAACAGACACACUGACACAUCCCAAGUAAAUCUCAUCGUCCUUGAGACGGAAUUUGUGUCUGCAACAUUGGACACAACUCAUCGAGACAAAAAUUCUUACAGGGACAUUAGCCUUUUGAGCUUGAGCCUUCAACCCACUUUGCCACAUGAACAGAUCUUGUCAAAUAAAAUAAGUCUGACUGAGAUGCCAAGGAUGAAGAAUGGUCAAUACAGUGUUAGUUUGAUAGCCUCCCUGAGACCCGAGGCCAUGGCAAAGAAAUGGAACUUCAACUUUUGUGGUCAUAAUGUCAUCAGAAUCAUCAAUCUUGAUGUAACUACUAUCACCCGAGUUAUAGUUAUCACCAACAGUAAGUUAAUGUACUGCUCCAUCUUUGUGUACACCUCUAGGCAUCCAGGAUACUUGGUUGGCAUUAUUGAUCACAAGACUGACAGGAGGACGCAUGCUCCAACCUGUCAUAGGUUCUGCAUUCAGUCUUGUGCCUCCAGCAGGUCUGACAGUCUGUGUUUACAUAAGUAGUACAGAUAGGGAUGCUUUUGUAAAAACACCACAAUUUCAGAGACUAUUUUUGGAAUGAUUAAAAAUCCACCUGACAUCA